GGCCUGUCUGCUGGAAACCCUCCCCAGCCUCCAGCCAGCAGCGCCGUGGGAGGGAGUUGCUAGCUGCCGAGGUAAGUUUAGGAAAGCGGUCGCCUGGUCGCUGAAGAGGAGUGUAGGCAGUUUCACGUCUGGGAGAUCCAGCAAACGCGCAGAACAGCGAUAAAGCAGCGCUAGCAGCUCCUAGCUAGUUAUCUAGCUCCACGCCCUCCAGGUUCAGCAUGUCUCUGGCCGAGCAGAGCCAGCAGUGGUACCCGACCAGCGCUCAGGUAACGGUGCUGGAGGCUCGAAACCUGCGGCUCAAGGGAAAGAAUGGCACCAACGACGCGUACGCCAUCAUGCAGGUGGCCAAGGACAAGUUCUCCACCUCGGUGGCGGAGAAAAGCGUGGCGCCCGUGUGGAAGGAGGAGGCCACCUUCGACCUGCCGCUGUUCCACCAGGGCAACGCGGAGCGCUGCACUCUGUAUAUCAUCAUCAUGCACCGAGCGUUAGUGGGUCUGGACAAGCUUCUGGGACAAGCCGUCAUCAACCUGGUGGAGCUCCAGGAGAACAAAGCGCGGAAAAGAACAGAUUGGUACAAGCUGGUGGAUAAGAAUGGAAAAGCUGAUAAAGAGAGAGGCGAGGUUCUCUUGGAUAUCCAGUUCAUGAGGAACAACAUGACGGCCAGCAUGUUCGACCUCUCCAUGCAAGACAAGCCUCGGUCUCGCAUCUCCAAGCUCAAAGACAAGGUUCGCGGCAAGAAGAAGGAAGGACUGUCCGACUCGGCCUCUGCCAUCGUGCCUUCUACAGUUAGCCAAGUGCUAACGGACAGCGAAGGGGAGGGUGAAGCUAAUGUUGACUCUCCAAAGAGCAAGAAGUCGUCAAAGUUGAAGUCUCUGUUUGCACCAAAGUCUAAUCUUCACAGGGGUGUGUCCCAGUCCAUGUCUACACUUGGCACACUGCCUGAGAAGAAUAGCCCACUUAGCAGCAGCCGGUCCUCAGGCCUCAAUGUAGAGUCCCCUGAAGUAAAGAACAAAUUCAAAUUUCUGGGCCACAAGCGAACCGGCAGCAACGACAGCAAAGUAUCCCUGGGUCCUUUCUCGCUACUGAACCGCUCCAAACAGAACAUCCCAGAGCAGAGCCUGUGUAUCAACGGCAGCCACGUGUACGCCGAGGAUCAAGAGCCCAAGCCGACUUCUGGGUCUUCCCUCAGUCUGAGCAGCUCUGCAAAGGGCUCUGUAGAAGAUUUACGUAAAUACCACGAGCGAAACGCAUCUGAUGUCUCAGCUGACUCAUUCAAAGGCCUCAGUAUCCCUACCUACAAGCCUGAACCAGUAGAGAAACCCUUACCCAUUCAACAGCACCCUCAAGAGGAUGAAGAGAAGAAGCACAAGAAAGAAGGACGCCUGCAGGAGGUUCUGGAGAGGCAGGAGGAGCAGGAGAGAAAGAGGCAACAGGAGCGAGAGGAAAAAUUGAGAAAACAAGAGGAAGAAGAACAAAAGAGAAGAUUGAAGCAAGAAGAGAGGGAGCGACAGGAGGCAGAAGAGCGUCAGAGAAAGAAGCGUGAAGAAGAGGCAAAGAAAGCAGAGGAGCAGAAGCGUCAGGAGGAGUCCAGAGUAGCUGAAAGGCUGACUACUCUUUUCGGCCUGGGGAAGAAAAAAGAGGAACCCAGCCCUCCAGCUGUGGAGAAUCCCAAACAUUUGGAAGAACCUGCCUCUCUAAACCCCUUUGAGGAAAUUCCACUCAGCCCAGACACCACAAAUCCUUUCUUAGAGCAGAGCCCAGCAGCCUCCCAAAAGGAAGUGAGAAGCACCUUCACCCCAACGCCACCUGCAAACGUCUUUCCUGGUCGCACAGCCAAGGUUUCUGCAGUCAAGCCAAGAUUGGUUCUCAGUCCAAAGCCUGAUACAGAUAAUAUCAAUCCUCUUGCUUCCCCUGUCACCUCAGACAUCCAAACCACUUCCCCAGCUUCUAUUCUUUCCCCCAAACAAUCAGACUUUAGCAAUCCUUUUGAGUCUGGUGAUAUGUCGUUUUCUGACUAUCACUCUUCUGUGGCACCUCCUAAACCCCAGAGAACUUUUACAGACUCCCCACGUGGCAGCAUGGAAAAUCUUUCAAGUGCUGAAUAUUCCGCUAACAUGUCAGGAAAAAAGCAAAGAGCCCCUCAACCACCCAGCUACCACGGAGAUUCAUCACAGAAUGGGUCAGCUUCCACAAACUCCGCUGGUCAAAGACCCUCUAUUCCUCUCCCUGACUAUGAAGUUCUCUUUCCCAAGAAGAGACACGGGGUAAUGACUAGCACUCGUUGGGAACACAUCAUAGCAGAGGUCAACCAGAGGAAGAUGGAUUCCCGUCUUCCGCAUAUUGGAGAAGAAAUGAGCGUAGAUGGUCCUAGUGAACCGGUGGCCAAUAAAUCACCAGGUGUUAAAGAAGACUCUUUAUCAAGCUUAAGCCAGCAUCGUAAGAAUCACCUGGAGAAAUCUUCAGCCCCCACAGUGAAAGUGGAGCCCAAACAGGCUCUAAUCCCACCCAAACAGGUUCAACCCAAACCAUCAAAACAAGUUCUUGAGGUUAAUUCUGAGCAAGUUCACACCACCAAACCCGAACCUGUGUAUGCCACUGUGGACAGAUCGAGCCGUUCUGCUGCCAGAGUUUUGGAUAGCGAAUCCAGACCUGAACCUUUGUACACUAGUGUGGACAAGUCUCGCCGUUUGUCUGCCAAAGCUUUGGAAAGCAACUCCAGACCAGAAUCUAUGUACACUCCUGUGGACAAGACCAAUCGUUUUGCUGCCAAAGCUUUGGAAGGCAACUCCAGACCUGAACCAGCGUAUGCUACUGUGAACAAGACCAAUCGUUUUGCUGCCAAAGCUUUGGACAGCGACUCCAGACCCGAACCUGUGUAUGCUACCGUGGACAAGACUAAUCGUUUUGCUGCCAAAGUUUUGGAGAGCAAGUCCAAAUCCGAACCUGCGUACUCUACUGUGGACAAGUCUAGCCGUUUUGUUGCCAAAGCUUUGGAGAGUGACUCCAGACCAGAACCUGUGUACACUACUGUGGACAAGUCUAGUCGUUUCGUUGCCAAAGCUUUGGAGAGUGACUCCAGACCAGAACCUGUGUACACUACUGUGGACAAGUCUAGCCAUUUUGCUGCCAAGGUUUUGGACAGCGACUCCGGACAAAGGGUCCAAAGUCUGAGAGAAUCUCAAGUAAAUAAAAAGACAACCGUGGACUCUGCUCUUGACAGUGUUGUCCGAACCUCAGAGACAAAAGAAAAACCAACACCUGUUGUCAGGGCUGGGAAAAGAUCAAAUUCGCCAGAUAUUCCUAUCACUUUUGAUGACAAUGUAGAGUUGCCUUCAGCUAAACCCAGACAAAGAGCACCAAGCAAAGAACCAGUCAGACAGGUUCAACCAGAGCAGCCUACUGCUCUAAGCUUAUCAAGCUCAGAACAUUCCCAGGAGACAAGGAAAAGAAAUUCCAUGGCUGGUAAAAGCUUGUGGGAAAGUACAGGUUCAGAAGAAAGAGCAGAGGCGAUUGUUCAUGCGUCAGAUGUACCUGAUACUGGCAAAACUGUUGAAAUGCCAAAAGAGCAUUCAGUUGCAGAUGUGUCCAAAGAUACAGAGAAGGUACUGCUUGACUCUGACCCUUUCCCGAAUGAUAAGCUAAUUCCUCAAGAUCCUUGGGCCUUACCACAGCAAAAUAUGGAUAUGGAUGACCUCUUCACCGGUGGGCCAAAGAAUGUUAAAAAAUCUAAUGACCUGGGAUUAACAGCAGAAGACUUUGACAAUGUGUUUGGAUCCACUGCGUCUAAAAACAAAACUGAUCCAUUCGCCGCCGCAUCUAAAGAUCAAGGUAAUGCAUUCUUUGGAUCAGAUCCAUCUAAAGAUGCAAAGGAUCCCUUCUCUGGAUCUGUUUCAUCUAAAGACCAAGAUAAUGCAUUCUUUGGAUCGGGUUCAUCUAAAGACGCAAAUGAUCCCUUCUCUGAAUCAGUUGCACCUAAAGACCAAGCUAAUCCAUUCUUUGCCUCUGAUUCAUCUAAAGACCUCAGCCAUUCACAAUCUGGAUCCGUUGCAUCAAAGACAGACAAAACUGGUUCAGAUGGAUCAAGCAACUCAAGCCUCCUGAUUCAGAAAGGAUACUCCCUAAAGAAAAGGCAAGCGCCUCGACCACCAGUUAAUUCUGAGAAAACUGUAUCACAGAAACCUGCUCUGGACAAUCCAGUCCCUCAGUUUGCACAAGACGCAGAAGAUGUUGAACUAACUGUAACUAGUGUUGCUGAGCCACACUAUGGGAAAACAACAAUAGCCACCUCCAAAGCAGACCUUUGGGGAAUGGAUCCUUUUACAUCCCCUUCUCAAGCAUUGUCCUCAUCAGCAACACCAGAGCCAGGGUCUGGGGGCAAGAGCGCGCUUUGUGCCUGGGUCUCACCCUCUGAGAGUGGUGGAAGUGGGGCUUUAAGCUCUCGCAGACCACACCCUGUGAAACCACUGAGUUCAACAGAAAGCCAGUCUCCCAGCAGCAUUUCUGUGGUGAAGGACUUGAAGACCACAACCAUCCGAGAAGUGGCUGAAAAAUCAAAGCCUGUAGAAAGCGGCCCGUAUACUCAGCUGACUCAGGGAGAGUUGAUAACACUGGUGGUGAAGCAGCAAACUGAGCUCUCGAAGAAAGACGCCAAGAUCCUUGAGCUGGAAGACUACAUCGACAACCUGCUGGUGCGAGUCAUUGAAGAGAAACCCAGCAUCCUGUUGGCUCUCAACACUAAAGCUUAGAGUGACACUAAGGACUCGUUUUCGUGAGGACUGUGACCCUGUGAUGUAGUGAGGUGGGCUUUGACUGGCGCAGAUACUAGUGUUUGGUAGUGGGGAAAAAUUAUUUUCUAUUGGUUCAUAGAUAAGUGACCCAAGAACCAAACAGUCCAAUCAUCAAUAGUGUUGUUAUUAUUAUUAUUAUUAUUAUUAUUAUAUACAGUGACCUGCAUACUAUGGCUUCCCAUUCGUUCUUUCACCUAACUGAAAGCACAUCAAGAUUUGCUUUUCAGAUUUUUUUUGGUUGAAUUUCUGUGGGAAAUUAUGGUGAACUGAUAUGCCUGAACCUGUUCCACUACGUAAAGAUCUUAAUCUAGCCAAGUCUCUACUUAAAAGGUUUGUGUUUUCUGGUUGUGCGUCUGCUGUAGUGUUUUUUUACUCUUUAAGCACUUUUUUGCCUUGAUAGUAAGAAAGCUCUAUUCACAGAAGGGUGACAAAUGAAGGAUUAGGAUUAGUUUUAUGCUGGUAUUAUGUCUUAUUAAUAGUUUAAUAAUGUGUUUGAGUUAUUAACACUGUGGGCUGGUUUUUCAGACAGGUAUUGAGCCUAGUCUUGGAUUAUAGAACGUUUUGGAUGGGACUUCUUUAUUGAAAAUGGAAAGAUUAAUUUGGGACUAUGCUUAAUUCUUAUUUGAGGAAAACGACCUGUUUAUUCUUAUGCAAAACGCACUGCAUUUAGAUGAACGCAGAUAAUAUAUUCACUGGGGUAAGCAUAAAAAGUGCUUAUGUUUCCACUCCAGGUGUUUGGGCUGUUUUUUUAUAUUACAGGGAUAAAACUGCAGUUUUUUUGUUUUUGAGAUUUUUUCCAAAAGUUCAGAAAUGCCUUCAAGGUCAUAAAAUACUUUGCUGUGUCCUACUGUAUAUCUACUGACGAGACAGUGCCUGUUUUCAGCUGUUUUGACUAUUUUUACCUCAUAUCUUAAGUCUUAGGAUGUUUUCCCACCUGUGGUUUGAAUCAUGUAGCUAGUUUGUAUAAACUUAGAGCAUUUUGGCGUUGGUUUGGUUUUUCUUCAAACCCUCAUCAAAAUAAGCCACAUCAAACCAUGUGAGAAUGCUGAUCUCUCUACUGAUUGGAAAAAAGUAAAUACAGGAAGAUCCUCUGGUCCUCUGUUCCAGACUGGUGUGUAUUUAACUAGAAUCAAUAGCAGAGAUGGUAUUUAUUUAUAACUGCAGUUAUUAUCUGCAACAAUACAUGGAUUUAAACUACACUUGCAAAACGCCAAAUUAACUGUUUAAUUAUUUUCAAACUUAUUUAAACUUGUGUAAAUGGAUCCAGUUUGGGACCGCCUCCUUCCCACAGGUGUCUGUAAGAUUGUUUUGGUUCCACAUUCAAGUUUGAUUACUGUGUUUAAACCUGUUCAACAGAAUCAUAAUAAGCAUAAAAGUGAACCAGAGUCACAUUUAACUGAACUAAAAGUGCAGGUGUGAAAACACCCUUAGUUUUAAUCAGCCGUGGACCUGGAGGCCCCUCCCCUUGACAUUUUAGUGAAUUUCCUGCUUGCACACACCUCCUGCAACUCUGAAAGGGCUUGUUAAUUAACAGUUUAGUUGAAUCAUGUGUGUUAGAAGCAGGAAAAUCACUAAGUUCAAGUGUGAAAGUUCUGCCAGGACCAUGGUCGAGUCUUAAUGAUGAUUGGAUGAUGGCUGGGGUUUCAUAUACAGUUACCUACAUUGAAGGUCACACAUUGCUGUAAAAUUGUACACUAAUAGGUGGCAUUAGAGAUAUGACUAAUAAUUGUCUUUUACUAAUAAUCAUAUCUCUCUUCCAAUCUGACACAUAUGAUGCUUCUUCCAGACCUGCUGCAAAUCUCAAAUGUACAAGAAUCUGUUUUUAUUCAUGCUUGAAGAUAUUUUACCAUUUAUUAUUAAUAUUUAUUGUUUGAGCUUCUGUCCUGAACCUUGAUUUAUGAAAUUGCUUCAUUCAGGAUGUUUUUUUCUGUGUUAUAAUGUAAUAUAUAUUUAUUUACUGUUAUUAACUGUUCACGAUAAAUAAUAAAGGUACUACUAAGGGUUCUUUAAGUGAUGCCAAAGAAAAAAAGUUUUAUUUGUGAAAGAGGGAUGCAAGUCUGUGAAAAGGAAAAAUAGUGAAUAUAAUGGUUCCUUACCAAUUUAAAUGCUCUUCUAUGGCAUUGCUCAAUAACCGUAUGUGGCUUCUUUAUUGUAAGAGUGUACAUUUGAGGAAAAGUGCUUCCUUGAAAGGUUCCAGAAGCUUUCAAAAUAUGUUACCAGGUUAUAGUUAAGGACAUGUUUUACUUUACUGUUCUUUCCAGACACUGUAAAUAAAUCUACUUGUUAUCCUGUGAAUAAGGGCUUGUCUCACAGUGUGCUCAUACAGGCAUGACUGUAACCGACAGGCUGGUAAUUCUGGUACUGCAAUAAGGGAACAAUGCUAAACGAACGACUGCAGGGCCGCUGCUGCGAAUGUGUGGCUACAAUUGUUGCCACAAAUCCUGAUUGAGGCUUUAAGGUCACACUGCAAUAAGACUGUCAUUUGAUUUGCAUAUCUGUGCCUUCUCUGUUCUCACUUUUCUGAUCAAAUACUUUCUUUCUACAUUCUGACGAUUGAAGAUAUUUUGAAUAAAGUAUGUAUAUUCUUGUUUAAUAAAUUGUCUGUUUUUGUAUAAAUCUUUAAUUAUUCCUGUAGCUUUGUGUACAUUUACCUGCUCUGUAAGACUCAAUAAAACAAUGAACUAUCAAAA